AUAUAUAUGUUUGAUUUCCUAAUGUUUAAUUAAUUAUGUAUUUAUAUAAUUCUGUUUUAGUUGUUAAAAUGUACCCGUCUCGUUAUAUGAAUUUAUAUCUAUAUAAAGGUUACCUAUUAUGUACAGCGGUACAAUAAAUUAUUAUCGUUUCGCACCUACACUAUAUUAAUGUAAAGGACACGCGUGCGGUUACGCAUACAAGGCGACUCGUUAAAUAUAUCCCAAUACUGCCGAUCACAUAAAAUAACCUAUAUGACAGGUGCGUGUUUUUUUAAUGUUUUUUGUACAUCGACCUAUAGAAUCCAAAGACAAUUUUUUAAAAAUGUAUAUAUAGCAGUGAUCACUGGUCUCCGGCGUGUAAUCGUGGGCGAUGAAUUUGGGUCGGGUAUGUAAAAUAAUAUACAUACUACAAGAUUUAAACGCGAACAAAAUUAACAAUUAUUACAAAACGAGCGAUAGGAAAAAAUCAAAAUCAACUUAUAACAAUAACAAUACUAAUAUGUUAAUACUGUUGUUAUUCAUUAUUAGCUUUAGGUAUUAUACUGGUAUUAAUAAUCAUCAUCAUAAUCACCUAAAGUAGUGAUCGCGGCUAGGAGAAAAAGUGAAAAAAAAACGAUGGGUCGUAUGCCGCGAGAGUGCGCUGUCGGUGGCGGCGCACACGAGACCUGCGCGCUCGUCGAUUGGCCGUCGCCGCGGAGGGGACAAGUCUCCGGCUACGCGGACGGGGGCGACGCCACCGACCCGCGCGCCGCACCCAACCCGUCCGACGAGCCGGCCACCACGGCCGCCGCCGUUGCUGCGCGUGUGCGCGCCGGUUCGCGCGCGCGCGCCCGUGUAGGUAGUGCCGUGGCGGUGUGGUCGUGUGCGCGUGUGUGUGUGAGAGUGUGUGCGCGCGCGUCCGGAGAGAGGUAACGCGACGACUGCGACGCGGACGACGACUGCGACGAGACGACGACGGUCGACUGGGCCACGCCAAUACCCUCCGCGCGCCGCCCGGGUCAUAAACGAUCUCACAAACAAGUGCUCAACGUUCGGGAAAUUACCCGCGCCGCCAUAUAAUAUUAUAUCGCCAAAGGCCGCCGCCGUCGCCAGUGAUCGCGUCGCCGCCGCCGCCGCGCGGGUCUUUUUAUUUUUCCGCCGCUACAUUAGAUACGGUUCGAAGAUAUUUUUUCGAUUGAUAAAAUUAUAAAAAUUUUGGUAGUCCCGUUCGUUUUUUUUUUUACUCUCGUAGAUCCGCCGGGUCUUUAACCACACGGCACUCCGGUGUCGGUCGUCCUGUGUCCGUUCAGUGUGCGUCUUCGUCGCUCGCCACACGAUCGUCCGCGAUAUUUUCGGGUUUUGAAUAAUAUAAAUAAAUAUAUUGACAACAGUUUUGUGUUUUUUUUCGAUCGACGUUUGUUUGGUUUUUUACGACGAUACAUUCAGCAUCUUGACGGCAUAAUGCGGUGGCGUUGACCGAUUCUAGCACAUAUCUAUAGAUAAUUUUGUAUUUCGACGACCCGAAGAGAGAAGUGCAAUAAAAAGUUGAAACGUAUUUUACAUAAUAUUAUACGCACGUGCGGGCCAAAAAUCGCACCGCAAUAGUACUACAAUCCUGUCCGCGGCCGCAACUUACGCGCCCGUCAUGAGUUCAAAGUUCAUCAUCGACAGCAUGCUGCCCAAGUACCACCAACAGUACCACCACCAGCUCCUGAACCCCGUGAUCACGUCCGGCGGCGGGCUGGACUCGUCGGCCGUCAACUACAGCCUGACGCCCAACAACUCGUCGUCCAGCAGCGCGGGCGGUUCGCCGCCGUCCACGUCGUCGCUGGUCUCGCCGGCCGCCGGCCGCAUGUACCCCGCGUACGCCGUCCACCAUCACCAGCAGCAGUUCGGCUCCGGCGCCGGUUCCAUGGCGUUCUCGUCGCCCGGCUCGGCCGCCCUGGCCGCCGCCGUCCAGGACGCCGCGGACAAGACGUCGUCGUCGUGCCGGUAUGGCGGUGGCGUCGGUGGCGUGAGCGUCGGCGGCGUGUCCGCAGCCGAUACGAUGGUCAACAGUUACGCCGCGUUGCACCAUCACCACAACCAGAACGGAGGCGGCGGUACCGGCGCCGUGUCGUCCAUGGCCGCGGCCGCUCAGUUCUACCACCAGGCGGCCGCCGCUUCCGCCGUGGCCGCUGACCCGCUCAACACCGCGUGCGCCGGACAGCCCGGAGCCCCCGGACCGCAGCCCAUGCCCGACAUACCCCGGUACCCGUGGAUGUCCAUUACAGAUUGGAUGAGUCCGUUCGACAGAGUCGUUUGUGGUCCAAACGGAUGUCCUCGUCGUCGCGGUCGGCAGACGUACACCAGAUUCCAGACUCUGGAGCUGGAAAAGGAGUUCCAUUUCAAUCACUACCUGACCCGGAGGCGGAGGAUCGAGAUCGCGCACGCCUUGUGCCUGACCGAGCGUCAGAUCAAGAUUUGGUUCCAGAACAGGCGGAUGAAACUCAAGAAAGAGCUGCGGGCCGUCAAGGAGAUCAACGAGCAGGCUCGCCGGGAACGCGACGAACAGGCCAAAAAGCAGGAUCACACAAAAAUGGACGUAGGAGGCGGUGGUGGCGGUGGGAUGCACCAGCAGCAACAGCAACAGCAACAGCAGCAACAGCAACAACAACAGCAGCAGCAGCAAAUGUCGCACCAUCAGAUGUCGCACGAACAGCAUAAGCUGCAGAUGGGCGGCCUGGACAAAGGAUCCGCCGACAUGCUCAAGGCCAAAACGUAAACGCCGUCAGCGAGCGCGCGUCAACGUUUCGCACAGUAAUAGAGUAAUGAUAUAAUGAUAAUAAUAAUGAUUAAUUAUAAUUAUGUGUCGCAUGAUUAUUAUUGUUAUUGUUUCGACAAUUGUAUAGAAUUUCUCUUUCGAUUCGAAAAAUACGUAAAUAAUUUAUGAAUAUAUAUUAUAUAUAUUUAUCUAUAUACAAACUAUUCUUACAUAAUAUUUAUACAUAUUAUAUAUAUU